AGCAUCGAGGAGGGAGGGGAUAUUUUAAUGGCCGUCAGCAGCACUACAAAAUGCAAAAAGUCCGGAUUAUCCUCUAUAUUUAGACUGUUACAGCUAAGGAAGUGUCGGGGACGCCUUACUCUUGUAACGAGCAUUGGUCUGGGGACAUAUUCGGGUUAGAGAUGUGUUUCUAGUGUUGUUUCUACUGCGCUGAACGGACUUUACCCUUUUGAUUUGUGCGCGAGUGUGAGAUCAGGCCUAGCCGGCUGGCUAAAAAACAAGCAGACGAUUAGCUAGCCGCUGGAGUUUAAAGGGAAUAUGUAACAUAAAGCAACCAACAUGACUUCAAGAUUUGGUAAGACGUACAACCGCAAGGGAGGGGAGGCCAAUUCAAAAUUUGAUGAAGUCUUCUCCAAUAAGAAGCCCACUAUAACUACUAAAUGGGGAGAGACCACCUACAAGGCUCAAUUGGGAGCCAAAAGGCCUAUGUUGAAGCCCGACGUUUCUGAUGUCCAAAAGAGGCCCAGGCUUGAGGACAGUGACAGUGAAGAAGACCCAUUUGGAUUCGACAGUGAUGAAGAGUCCAAGACUGUCACCUCUCACAGUGUGUCCCAGACUAAGGUGAAUGAAGGGGAUGUGAAAAAGACAACCACAGGGCAAGGCAAUUUGUCAGCCCCAGCUGCAACUUCUGCACAUAGCUCUGCAAGUUCAACAGCUACAUUCACAAGCAAGCAAACAUCAGUGGAGAAGCCUGUUAAUAACCAGUCCUGGUACAAAACAUCAGACAGCAACCAAAAACCUUCAAGCGUGACCUCUUUCUUAAACACAGUCUCCUCUCAUGAGCAGAGCAUCUCAGUUUCCCAGAGGACCGUCAACUCCUCUACUAAUAUUGAUGCCUCCCUUAAAUUGUCCACCAAUGCACCAGGUGGUAGCAGAGACUUCCAAAACCCUUCCUCUUAUGAUGGUUCACUGUCAGAAGAUAUGAUGAGUGCAGAGCUGGAGCCUCCAACAGAGCCUCCACCAGAGCCAGUGGACAACAUUCCCCCUUCCCCAUUUACCCUAAGGGCCUCAAACUGCAAGAAAUACCAGCGGCCGGGCCGGUCUAACAAAACAGAACCUACUGAAAACAACAGCAACAAGCCCACUGAUGCAGCGAGUUCCCAAGAUAAACCCAACAGUGCCGUUUCUGCUAGUGCAAGUAGUACUGCUGCCAAUGCUAAAACAGCAGCCAAGCCUGCAGGCAGGGGUGGUGGGAGGGUACGAGACUACACGGUUCUGCACCCUUCCUGUCUGUCCGUGUGCAAUGUCACCAUACAGGACUCAAUAGAGCGGAGCAUUGAUGAACUGGUCACCCCAGCUGCCCCUGCUGACCUUGGAGAAGUAGGCCAGAUGAAAAAGAAGACUGAUGCACCACCACCCAAAACUACCAGGUUCAGACCCACCCAGACAAAGACAAAGAAAACCAAGACGGAGACCAAGCUGGAGUUCUUUGGCUUUGAGGACAAAGAGGAGCAGGGGGGUGAGGAGGGUGCAGAAGGUGCCAUGGCAGGAAAGAGUAGUUACAAGAUCAAGUACUUUGGCUUUGAUGACCUGAGUGAGAGUGACAGCGACGAUGAGAGCUCUCAGGCCAAAGAGAAGAAGGCCAAGAAAGCGGCUGCAGCCUUGGCCGCUCUAAGCUCCAGUGUGGACAGCCCCCAUACCAGUGACUCUCAGGACAGUCAGGCCAGCAGCAAUACUGAUGCUUUUGACUUUGCUGAUGACGCCAGUCCUGGUGGCGCUGAGGGGCAGAAAGGACGCUCAGGGAAACCAGGUGACAAGUCCAAGGAGUUUGGAAGUGGAUUCAAGAAGAUUUUCAGUGGACCUAAAAAGUCCCCUGCUAAAGCUGUGUAUAACGCUCGUCACUGGAACCAACCCGAGCCGGAAGAGAUACCGGUGCCUCCACUUCCUCGAUCUCAGACUGCUCCGGCCAUUUUAUCCAGCAGCAGCAAGGACAGCAACUCGCAUAAGGAUGAUGGCUUGUUCAAAGCCCCCCCACCACCACCCAAAGUCAUUAAGUCGGAGACCAUCCCCACACGACCCAACCAGGAUAUUGUCACAGCGCUCAAAUGUAGGAAGGAGCACAAGGAGCUGUACACGGUGGUGCAGCACGUGAAGCACUUCAAUGACGUGGUGGAGUUUGGAGAGAAUCAAGAGUUCACAGAUGACUUUGAGUACCUGGAGACGGGGCUGAAGAGCAGUCAGCCUCUCAACACACGGUGCCUUAGCAUAAUCAGCCUGGCCACUCGGUGCGCCAUGCCCAGCUUCAGGAUGCACCUGCGAGCCAGAGGAAAAGUGGCGCAGGUCUUCAAAAUGCUCAGCGAUGCUCCACAACACCCAAACCUUGCUCUAUGCACGGCUGCCCUGAUGUACAUUCUGAGUCGGGAUCGUCUUAACAUGGAUCUGGACAGGGCAUGCCUGGAGCUAAUGAUCAAGCUGCUGGAGCUGGACCAGGACUACUCGGGCCACCAGGAUCAGCUCACCGCAAAAGAGGUGGAAAAGGUCAAAGAGAAGAUCAGGAAGCUGUGUGAGACUGUGCACAACAAGCAUCUCGACUUGGAAAACAUCACAACGGGCCACCUUGCUAUGGAGACAUUGCUCUCUUUGACCUCCAAAAGAGCUGGUGAUUGGUUCAAGGAAGAAUUGCGGCUGCUGGGAGGCCUGGACCACAUUGUCGAUAAAGUGAAAGAGUGUGUACAGAACCUGAGCCAAGAGGACGACAAGGAGAACCUCGUAGCGGCUUUAUGGGGGGCUGAGAGAUGUCUGAGAGUGCUUGAAAGUGUGACAGUACAGAACCCAGAAAACCAGGGUUACUUGAUUGCCUACAAAGACUCACAACUCAUUGUGUCCUCUGCCAGAGCUUUGCGGUACUGUGAGGACAUGAUCCAGCGUUACAGCAGGGCGCUGAACAACUCCUCUUUGUCGUCGUCCAGUGCGGCGCUGCCCCACUGCAGCUUCAGUAACGUGGGCAAGGCGGUGGAAGACUGCAUGAGGGCUGUAAUAGGAGUGCUGCUCAACCUCACUCAUGACAACGAGUGGGGAAGCACCAAGACGGGUGAACAGGAACAGCUAAUUGUGACUGCGCUCAAUUGUGUCCUUCGAGUCCCGCGUUACAUCCCCCAGGAGCAGCGCUUUGACGUGAGAGUACUGGGUCUGGGUCUACUAAUUAACCUUGUGGAGUACAGCUCCAGAAACCGCCACUGUCUCGUGGACAUGGAGUUCACUGUUGACGACACCUGUCUGGAAGAAAGCCUAAUGCAGCCUGCUGACCCAACACAAUCGGACACAGCGACACAGUCAGCUCAGGCAGACGGGUCUGACAAGCCCAAGUCCUCUGGUGCUUUGGCUGCCCUGGUGAAGCUCUUCCUUGAGAGGGAGCGCGCUGCCAUCUUGGCUGAGGCUAAGACUGAUGACCUCAUCAGCGAGGCCCCCAAGCCGGCGCUGGACCAAAGUGGAGAGUGGCAGGAGACGUCGGGAGAGAUCCAGUGGGUGGAGGCCGAAAACAAAGAGAUCCAAACUGAGAAGAAGGAGAAGGAGGAGGAGGAUGAAGAGUUGGACCUAAAUAAAGCUCUGCAGCAUGCAGGCAAGCAUAUGGAGGACAGCAUUGUUGCCUCCUACACUGCUCUGCUGCUGGGCUGCCUCUGCCAGGGCAGCCAGAUAAAUGUGACUACUGUGAGAGAGCAUCUACCUAAAGGGGAUUUCUCCAUCAUGACGGAAAUGCUGAAGAAGUUCUUGAGUUUCAUGAACCUCACUUGUGCAAUGGGCACCACGGGACAGAAGUCCAUCUCACGGGUCAUCGACUACCUGGAGCACCUUUAACAGACGGCUAACUCGUACUCUGACUGCACAUUAAAGGGAUCCCAUGCUACUCCGGCCCUCCCUCCACCCAACAGGAGCCGUGAGAGGCCGUCGGAGUCUCGGCAGAUUUCCCUCGACUUCACCUGAUCACUUAAUGUUGAGAUCCUCUGGAAAUCUCAAAGAUGAAAAGCAAACACUGAUGUGUGUUUAAACACACCCACAGAAAUACACAAGUUUCACUCCCUCUCUGGAGCACAGCCUGAACCAAAGCCCUGCUAGCUGACAGACAUGCAGAUCCCAGUCUCUCUCAACUAACGCCGCAUUUAGAGUCCCAUCCACAUCCAUCCUCAGGUGUCAAUCAGAGCAGAGGCUAGGCAAAACCCCGCACGCUUCUCUAUAAUCUGUGGAAUGUCAAAUGAACUCGAAGCAGGCCUCUUCAUGUAUCAUCCCGAAAGGUUUGACAGUCAAAGGUCAGCGAGGACGGGAGAGGAGUCUCCCGUCUGAUGUCGGGUCUUGAUUUCUGGUCGCUCAGCUGGAGCGUUGAACCCCUGAAUCAAAUUUUAUGGAUCAUUACAUUUUAAUCUCUGCUUAUCCACGUCCAAGCCAAGGCUGAAAUCAUUGAUUAGCAUGAAAAACAGUCCUUUUCACGGAUGUUAGAAUGAUGUCUCCAUAUGUAAACUUGUGUGGAAUGAUUUUUUUGAAUGCAGACAUCCAGUUACCUACACGUUUGCAGUUGAAUGUGUAAGGGAAAUGCUUCAGUUUUUAUGUUUUUAUUGUGCCCCUUAAUUUUGUGAGCUUUAUUGUAGACGUUCCUUUAUUAUAUUUUAAUGUUUUAAUUUCUUUCCUUGAGGGCAUUUUUUUUUUUUUUUCCUUCACAAUUAUGAAUUACUGUUUGGGGAUUCAGGACUGCGCGACACGCCGACUCUGAUGGGAUGUUCUUUAGUGACUUAUAAUGGCAUCUAAAAUGCUAUUAUUCUAUUUGGAUUUCCCUCUCACCUGUUUAGUUUGAUUAUUUUAUUUAAAUUCCAAUGAAUUCAACAGUGUGUGUAAUUACAGCAAGCAUUUAAAUUCACAGGUAUAACAUGCAAUGAAUUAUUCAAAAAAUAUGAUUGUGCUUCCUUUUGAAUUUGUAAUGAAGUUUUUUUUUUUUAACAUAUUUAAUUUAACGCUAUCUCCUUCUGUGUCUUUACCUUGUGAGAUGCUCAAAAGUUACAUUAUAAUCUUCCCCAUGUGACACGGCACAGUGGCUGGACAUAGCACAUGUAUGUGAGACAGAUUUUGCAGACUUAUAGUUUGUGCAAAACUUCCUAAAAACCAUAUUACAUUCAGUAAAAUAAGGAGAAUAAGCUCAUUUUAAUCGACGUAGGCACAGCUUCAUGUUUCUUUGUGUCCAGCCUCGUGCAGCUUCAUGUUUUUACUCAUUAUAUCAUCAUGUGUUCGUAUUGGACAACAUGCAUUAAGCUCCAAAUUAUUUAUUCUCUUGUGGUGUCAUUUUACCUGUGACGAUGCACCUGAACCUUGGAAAAAGCCUCCGUCUUGUACUGCUCCCAUGUACGAUCACUGAUUUGAAUGACAGCCAUACCUGUAUAAACAUUAGUUUUUAUCUGGUUUGUAGGGCUGCAGUGGACAGAACUGCAACCGCGUUUACUGUUGAUUGCUUUGCAAAAUUCUGGUCUGGAUUGAAUUUUAGAAUGUAAAUACUCCUGUACAUAGCAGUUAAUGGACAUUUAAAAUGCUUAGACUACUUUUUUCCCUGAAACUGAUAUUUUUAUUUUAUACAAUAUUUCUGAGUUGUUUGGAAAAACAAAAAUUGCAGGAAGAGAAAAAAAUGUUUGUACCCGUUUCGAGGACAUUGUCUUUGGUUACAUGUAAAUAGUUGUAUCUGGAAAAGGAAAAAAAAAAUUGCUACUUUCAGUACA